UUGAAAAUAUAGCAAGAGACAGGUUAUGCUAGGAGGUGAUAAGUCUAGUUGCCGAAUCAGGCACGCCACAUUCGAACGAGAAGGUGACAACUUGACCCAACUGUGGCCAACAGGGUCAAAUCACCGCUGGAAUGGUGCCGUUGUUAUUGACCGCUUUUAUUAAAAGGUCGAGGCUGUAUUCCCUUUGGCUUGAUCGUACUUAUACUCGGGCUCAAUUUACUUCCAAGUCCCCAGUCAGUGCAGCUCCAAUGGCAUCCACAUCCACCAUCCCUCCCGAAACCAAAGAGCUGAUUUCUCAAAUAGAGGUCCUCCUCCAUAACUUAGGUGUGGCGCUGCACAAGCUUAGAAAAUUAUGUCCCCCGACCGAGGAGGUAUCGCCGAUACGCGCAUUGGUCGACGCCGCGGAGGCUCGACGUACAGAAAUCCUUGCCAACAUCCGUAUGAUUCGCGACAGGCUGCGUGUCCCCUUCACCUUUGUCGAGACAGACUUCGACAACGAAUGGGUGGACCGUAUGCAGCCGGGAAUAGUCGAGGCGCGCGGGCAGGAUGGCCACCCCUUCUUGCGUGGUGAAGUUCAACACGGGCCUGUGGCUGAUGUGGCCAAGUUAGGACGUAACCAUCCGUAUUCCCUCUCCGUGGAAUACCAGGAUGACAGUGACUACGCCGAGUGGCGAGCUCCAUACAAGGUCCAGUUUACGCCGGAACCCCACUGUAGGGAUUCACAGGGCCGUCCGUUUCCCGCUGUAUGCGUUAAUGUAAACGAGAAGGGCUCGGUGCAAGGCAGCUAUAAACAAACUAUGCUACACAAGGAGACUGGCCUUAUAUUACACGGUGAUGAGAAGACAUUGAUGGGCCCGGUGCCAGCAGAGUCAGUGCGGUGGAAAUUGAGACCAGAGAAAAAGAACGAUACAUCUGCACCUCCCCCCCGCGUUGUUGGAUCUGCGGCGGCGAAGCUCAUAUCGCGCCCCCCUGUCGCACGGUUUGACGACGAGUUGGAAAAUUAGGAAAUACGCAUGAAUUUGGCGAAUGAAGACCGACCUGCAAUGAAAGAACUGCAGUCAAGAUAGGGGGAGGAGAAUGACGAGGUCGAUGAGACCGGGAGUCAAAUCUUGGUAAAGGAGGGCCUGCCGAGUAAGAAGCAGAAGGUCGUCACUUGAACUACAUCAUCCAUUGUUCUG